CCUUCGUCUCUCCCCACAGAAGACAGAACAUCAACCUUUGCUAUGGACAACAGUGACCUUGCAUCCGAUUCAGAUAUGGUGAAGAAUCAAAACUCUGACGAUUCCGAGUAUGAUUUUGAGGACGACGAUGAGGAGGAGGAGACAGAUGUUCAUAACGCUAUGCCGUACUGGCUUCAGAUCAAUCCAGUCAUCAUCAGGAAGGAAAUUCUUAAGAUACACGAAGCUCAAAAAAUAAAGGCCAAGAAGUUUCUCAAGGACUUUCAAGGGAAGCUUACACUCUCAUACGAAUGGAUUCUCAGCAGGAACGAAUCAACCAGAGAUUUCGUCUGUUUAACUGCUCAUUUCAUUGACGAUAACUGGACCGUCAGGCACUGGAUCUUAGGGUUCCUUACCGGCGCUUCGAUACCUCUAGACGACAUCUACGUCUACCACUUCAGGAAAGCUGUUCAGGAUUUCGAGAUUGAGAACAAAGUCUCCACUAUACUACUCCCUAACCGUGACGGCUUUGACGAAAAGAAUGUUGAUGCUAUCAAGAAGUGUUUGGAUAGUUCGGUUAACAAACCGGUUUUUGUGGUCUAUUGUUGUUCUGAUCUUUUCCGGUUAAUGGUUAACGAUAUGUACAACGAGUUUAGCUGGCAUUUGUACGAGGACGUUCGUAUGUUGGUUGGAUGGGGAAGUUUAUCAUCGACCAACUGGAAUGUGAGACUGUAUCAUCUCCAACAAGCUGUUGAUAUGCAAAAAGAAGAUGCAUUUUCGAAAGACGAGAUUUACGACGAUUAUGAUAAACCUUCUGAUGAAGAAUGGGUUAAGAUUCGGACUUUUUGUAAGCUCGCUGGUGUCAUCUAUAAGGUUGCGGAGGAGAUUUUUGAGGGAGAGUGUUCGACGUCUAAUGUCUACUUCCACCUUCUUGCGGAAUUGGAGGUGAUGUUGAGGGAAGAGGUUGAUAGUGGUGGUGAUGGUGAUUACUUUUUUGGAAAGGCCAAGAAGAUGUUGAAGAUGUUUGAUAAGUAUUGGAAUGAUAUGUUUCUUGUUUUGGCUGCUGCUUCUGUUUUGGAUCCUAGGUUUAAGAUGAAGUACGUUGAGUUUUACUGCUCAAAGAUGGUUGACAGUGAUGAAGGGUCAAAAGCUGAGGCUGUUUUGGAUUAUUUACGUGAUGUGUAUGCUCGCUAUGCAGCUAAUGAUAUCUGUCAGAAACCAAUAUGCCCGGUUGCUACAACUGAGUUUGAAAAAGAAGAAGAAGAUGAUGAUGAAGAUUAUGGUGAUGAGGAAGAGAAGGAGAAGCCUGAUGCAUACGAGGGUUUUGUGUUGUUUAAAGAAUAUCUAAAGUUUGAAGGAGGAUGUUCAAGAGAGUUUCAAGAAUCAGAACUUGAUUCCUAUCUCAAAGAGCCGGUUAUGGAGUGGAACAAAGACUUCAAAGCAUUGGAAUGGUGGAAAGAAGAGAGCCAGAAGUAUCCAAUCCUUUCGCGUGUAGCUCGUGACAUUCUCUCCAUACCGAUCUCACGUGCCACUUCGUACGAUGCUUAUGUUUCGGAGAUAAGAGAGCCUCCUGAGUAUGUUCGUUCAAUGGAUGCUAAAGCUGCUAACGCCAUGGUGUGUGGCAGAAGCUGGUUAUCGCUCAUACCAAUUUGAUGUUGAUGGAAGAAUUGGUAAGAUCUCCUUUUUUUCUCCCCUUAUUAAGAACUUAUGAUGCUUUUCUUGCUAGCCUUCAUGAAACUUAAAAACACUGUGUUUUCGUUUCCCAUUUCUAUAUCAGUAGUAUUUUUUUAAAAAAAAAAUUAUUGCACAAUCGUAUUCUUGUUGAGACUUGAGAUUCAGAAUGACAACUUUGAUGCCUAAUUCUUACGUAUUGCAUAAUGAAUAUAAUCACCAGAGAUUGUAACAUGUUAUAAAGGUUUCUAAGCAAGAUAAUAAAUACUUCACAACAAAACCUUACGUUCUCUUUAGGCCUUUGAGGCCAUCUUUUCCCUAAUCUGCAUCUCCAUUUCUUGAAUUUCAUAUCAUCUGUAAGUCUUCACUUUGUAUAUGGUUCAAAAUAUCUCUCCUUCCUUUGAUACAUAUAUCUUCAUGAAUUGGUUGGUCACAUUCUUAUGUAUAUACAAUUAUAAAACCAUGAAAUAUCAAUUAUAUAAUUUGAAUUAUUAGAGUUCUCAGUGACUAUGAUAUGUUACCCUCGUUAAAUAGCAUAACUUUCUUCAUAAUCAAAUCUGGUAGAGAAAACCAAGUACAAUCUAAUAUGACUUCACUAUUUGAUUGAUUUUUGUUGGUUUUUUCAUAAUAUGGUCAUUUGGUUCAGUAAUUCCCGACCAGCUACGUUUCCUUAUAUCCAUGUUAUGCUUCUGUUAAUCAUCAACAUAUUUGGAAUCAAAUAAUAGUAUAAUACUGUUGAUGUACAAAUCUAGAAAGACACUGGUCAAUUCAGCUGUCGCACUAAGAAU